AAGGUUUUGCAAAAUCAAGCAAGCACUUUGCUGUCAAAACCGGCUGUGUGCGCAAACGAUUGCUGAAAUUCUGAAAUCGACGGAGAUAAAAAAUCAGAAAUUUUCAUUUAAUUCUAUUUAUACAGCCUAAAUAAAUUCUUUAUACAAUAAUACGAACCAGAAUAUGUCACUGAUGCCGGGACCAUUGGCGCAGAAUGCUAUCGAACCGAUGCAAGUGGACGCGCCCAUAGAAGAUAACGACAACAAUGAGGAACACCAACUGAUUGUUGAGAAUCCAUCGCUCGAUCUCGAAGUUUACGCCAAUUCGUAUACGGGAUUGGCUACAUUAUACCGUCUGAAAUUCGUGGCCGAUGUGUGCCCUUCACUUCGUGUCGAGGCACUUAAGAUGGCUAUCAAACAUGUAAUGACAACGUACAAUGUUAGCAUGUACCAAUCACUGCACAAGAAACUGGCAGAACUUAGUGCUGUGGGGCCAGGUCAGCCCGGCGGCGCUGCGGGCCUACCUGAUGUGGCUGCUCAAUCAGCAGCACAGGCAGGUGGGGCUGUGGGUGGCGCUGACGCAUUGGACUUGCCAGCUUUUGACAGCAACUGGGUGGAAACUAAGAGCAAACAAGCUGCGUUCAAUUUGGAAAAACUGGAUUCAGAUUUAAAAAAUUACAAAUCGAAUUCGAUCAAAGAAAGCAUACGACGUGGACACGAUGACUUGGGUGAUCAUUAUUUGAGCUGUGGGGAUCUAACUAAUGCAUUGAAAUGCUAUUCGCGCGCACGCGACUACUGCACCAGCGGAAAACAUGUGAUUAAUAUGUGUCUGAACGUCAUUAAGGUAUCGUUGUACUUACAAAACUGGGCACACGUGCUUAGCUAUGUUAACAAAGCGGAGAGCACACCUGAUUUCAUGGAGGGUCCUAAGGAAGCCAAUUUGUCUGUCGCCACACGUCUUAAAUGCGCAGCAGGCCUUGCCGAACUGCAAACAAAAAAAUACAAAUCAGCGGCCAAGAAAUUUUUGCAGGCCAGCUUCGACCACUGCGAAUUUCCAGAGAUGCUAUCCCAAAACAAUGUUGCUAUGUAUGGAGGCCUUUGUGCACUAGCCACCUUCGAUCGCCAGGAAUUACAAAAAAAUGUAAUAUCGUCGAGCUCGUUCAAGUUGUUUCUAGAACUGGAGCCGCAGUUGCGUGAUAUAAUUUUUAAAUUCUAUGAAUCCAAAUACGCAUCCUGCCUAAAGUUACUCGAUGAGAUUCGCGACAAUUUGUUGCUAGAUAUGUACAUAGCUCCACACGUAAACACACUCUAUACAAAGAUCCGAAAUCGCGCGCUAAUUCAAUAUUUUAGUCCUUAUCUAUCGGCCGAUAUGCGUAAAAUGGCAACCGCUUUUAAUCGCAGUGUACCAGCUUUGGAGAAUGAGGUUAUGCAACUUAUUCUAGAUGGGCAGAUUCAGGCGCGUAUUGAUUCACAGAAUAAAAUACUGUGUGCCAAGGAGGCCGAUCAGCGUAACAGCACUUUCGAGCGCGCCAUUAGUAUGGGCAGGGAAUAUCAGAGACGUUUACGUAUGGCCAUUCUGCGUGCCGCAAUGCUUAAGAGUCACAUUCAAGUUAAGAACGUUCCACGCGACUCGGGCAAUCAUGGUACGGACUUUUGUGUAACCGCUGGAUCGAGCACUACCGCAGCCGUAAGAAACUGAAUUGAUUAUUUGGAUUCAGAGGACUAAAUUUGGACUCAACUAACACAUUAUUAUAAUUAGCAUUUCAUUCAUUAAAAAUUCAAAACAUACAA